UUUUAAUAAAGAGUAAGGAGAUUGUGAAUGAGUCACAGAAGGUAUGUUGCAGAGAAACAAACAUCCAGGAGAAACUUUCCCUUUCGUCGAAAUAAAGCGUGAAACAUCACAUCAGAAGGAUUUCUACCAAGUAUUUAUGACCAUUACGGUUGAGUAAUAAUCGUUCUGAUGCCUUGAUCAGCUGAUGAUGGAAAACCAAAUUCGUAAAAAGAGCCUAUCUCAGUACUGCUGGGAUUGUGGUGAGACUAUUAAAGACAAGUACCUUUUGUAUGCCCUCGACAGAUAUUGGCAUAACAGUUGCUUGAAGUGCAGUGUUUGUCGCAUUCCUCUGGCAGACGCAGGAACAUCUUGUUUUACAAGAGCUGGACUUAUUCUCUGCCGGGACGACUAUUUACGGUUGUUCGGCCAGGAGGGAGAAUGUCAUGCCUGCAGAGAAACUAUACCUGCCACAGAAAUGGUGAUGAAAAUUCAAGGACUGGCAUACCACUUGAAAUGUUUCAUCUGUUCUAGGUGUCACUCUAAUUUGACUCUUGGUGACAGAUACCAGCUGUGGGAAGGACGAAUCCUUUGUGACAGAGAGUGUCUGAGACUGCUCAGACGUAAUAUGAGCAUUGGAACUUCACGCAGAGGGGCUAAGACGCCAAGAGCUCAAAGUGCUGCGAAAACAUGACAAUGAUGAUUUGUUUGUUGUCAUUUAGGUGGAUUUUAAUAUUUAAUUUGUAGAUAUUGUUUAAUGAAAUGAAAAAAAAUCUAUAUAACUUAGUUGUAACACAAAAAGUCAUAUGUUCAAUUUUUAUAUGCAAGGUGUUUUGUUAUUACUGCUCUAAACUUUUAAAAUCCUUAUCAACUGUGAAGUCAUAAAAACCUGCAAUUCAGAAUCAAUAAGGAGCACUUAACUAACACUAAAAAUUAUUUACUCUUUGAUAAUAGUUUUUUUCUUUUUAUUUUAUUUGACAAUUAAACUAGUUUUUGAUUAUUUUAACUUCAUCUUUUCUCUAAUUCAACGCAAUAAUGUUUCGUUAGCUUUUGAUUUUGAUAAAAAAUAAGUUUUUGCCAUUUUAUUUUCCUCACGGAUUUUGGAAAUGUCAUUACAAGCGGUAACUACGUAACACCCUAUGUAAAAAUUGCCUAUCUUUUUUUUUAAUUUACUUCAAAAAAAUUACUGCUGUAACUUUAUCACAAUAUAAAAAGUAAACACUUUCGAUAAGUGCAAAAAAAUAAAAAACCAACUUACAGGUCUUUUGUUUAAAUUUAGUUACAUUAUUAGUACAUCAUUGCCUCGUCAUAUUAUCAUAGCUCGCAUUCAAAAAUUUAAAAAGCAUAAGUGCAAAGAUUCAUCAGAUAUUAAAACUUCAAAGAAAAAAAAGAAUGCAUGAAAAAAAUAAUAUUUUAGGGAAAAAUUCCAAUGCAAAUUAUGGAUCAUUAGCUUCAUCAGCUAAUUAUACCCUCUUAUUAAUAUUAAUCAUUAUUAAUUAGCAUGCGUUAUUAGAUUCCCUCGAGUCACGAAAUUCAAAGCUAAUUCAUCCCAUUUUGGCUGUUGUUGAAGUAUUAUUACACUCAAAUUAUCACAGAGAGUAUUUCUUGCUUGUGUCUACACAUUGUUCACAGUAUGCUUUUUUUAAUAAAAGAAUUAUAAAGAUUAAAAGAAUAUUUUUUCAAUUUAAUGUUACUUUUUCAUGCAAUUGAGUAUUAUUUUUUCAUACUUUUACAUACAAUUAGCUUCAAUGUGAUCCUGGCUUUUUUUUAUGUUUUUAUUAGCUUAUUGUUUAUAUUUCAUAGAAGAAAAACUAGUAUGUAACCAUGUUUUGGUAGUAUUAUUUACUAUCGUAUUUUCCUUAUUUUUAGUAUUUAGAGUAGGGGUGGCCAAGCUCCUUGAUAGUCGAGCCAUUUUUCAAAAUUUGAAACUUUUCGCGAGCCGCAAUUAAGUACGUAUUUAAAGGGGUAUGCAAAAAAGGCAUUAAAAACUUUUCUUUAACAAAAAUUAUAUUUAUUGAGAACAUAGAAGUAAAAGU